UUUAAUUUCAGGUUUUAUUUCAUUCUUCUUUUCGAACUGAGAAAUGUUGAGUCUGGUAGCCGUAACAAGUUUGGUGUUUUUUCUGCAUACAGUUAUGGGACAGAUUCACCCCCAAAGCCAUGGAAUGCAGUUCCCGCACACUUCACCUGGACAGAUGAACCAACAAGUAUCGACAGGUAUGCAUUCCAUGCAGGGUGUAGGGGCCUGUUCGUGCCAAAUUCGCUGCUGCCCUGACCACACCUCACCACGGAGGCUCCCUCCCUACACAAAUGUCCCUAAUAUGUAUUCCAACACUUGUUGUGGAUGUGUAUACUGUCCAUCUUUUAUUGGACCCGGUCCUUUCUUUCCAAUGGGAUGGCCAAUGCUUACUCCAUUGGCAUCUAUUCAAAUGGCUAUGGCUAUGCCAAUGGCAAAUGAGCCUCCAGAGGGACCGGAUGCGCCUGAUGCCCCGGAUGCACCUGAUACCCCGGAUGUUCCAGAUGCUCCUGAAUUGGAGGGUCCGGAAGAGGCCGAUCCUCCAGAAUUGGAGGGCCAAGAAAUAGAAAGAGACGAAGAAAUAGAAAGCGACAAUAGCGAAUCUUAAACUGGUUAUUUAAUGAACCGCUGAAAAUGAAACUGUAAUUUUUCAAACGAGCAGCUAGCUAAUGCAAAUUUGGUACAAUAUACAUUAUAGUGAGAAUUUGUAUCAUUUGUGCGGCACAACGCAUCUUUGUUUUUAUCAAAUAUAUUUUAACGAGCAUCAUCUCUGAAUUAAUUAUAUAACAUAUCAUUUAUGUGUGUAUCCCGAUACACGCAAUAAACUCACCAUGUUAUCGCAUACUGUACGCACCAUUUAUAGGUCCAUUCUCGAGCCUUUUCAUAAGGGGAAGCAUGAUGGUCAGAUGUAAAGGCCGGAGUUAAAAUUUUGGGAGGAAGUUGACAAAAUUACCAACUUAUUUAGAUAUGAAAAAUAAUUCUAUAUAUAUAUAUAGGACAGCCGAAAAUUGAAAUACCAACACUUCAUUUUUUAUUUGUCAGACUUCUCAUCGAAAAGGGAAAUUCCAGAUAUUUUAAGAAAUCUAUCUUCAGAGCAUGCGAUAUAUCUGCCACAUAAGGCUUACAAAUUGAAAAAAAUAUUCGGACUUUUUAGUUCCUAUGGCCAGGAUUUUCAUUUCAUGUAUCAUUUUUUAAGAAUUUCAAAUGCCAUUUCCAUCACAUAAAAAUUUUAUAACUCAUGAGCUAAUCGUUUCCCACGGGUACACCAUCAGUACGCAGGACAUACUUAAUACAUGUAUAGAUUUAAUGUUGUGUGUCUCUGCGUGUCCAAUUGUGUUUUUAUCUUGUUUUUUUUUCUACAAUAUUACACCUGUU